AGUGAAGAGACCGUGUACCUCCAUCAAGACAAAAUACGUGUCUUUGAAAGGUGGAAUUAAUGCACGUUUUCAAGUUCGUAUUUUCAGUAAUUGGCCUCAUGAUUCAUGUGUGUGCUUUAUGUUUGGCCUCUCCUGUAAGCGAUACAGGGUAGCCAACAUAUUUAUUUACCAUUUAAUUUACAGUAAUACUCAUGCUGAUGUUUUUUCCAAACACAAUGAUAUAAUUUUUAAACUGAGCUGAUGCGUGCCUGUUUUAAAAGUUGACACGGUUUACUAUUGUCUCUGAUUAUGAGAUCAACUCUUUUGCGACUAUUUUCUGAAGGAGAAAACAUUCAGGACAUGGUGUAAAACAACAGACUUUCCGUGUGCAAUAGAAUGCAAAGUCUCCUGUUUACCAGCGGUUGUUGUAGUCUUUAGACUGGACAAAUAGAUUGGUCGGAACAUUUCCCCCCUUGACUCUACUCGUCGAAGGUUUGACAGCUUUGUUGUCCACAAUGUGCGGCCGGAGCCCGCCGCUGCAGCCGGUGCAAUGACCGUUCUCCAGCGGCGAUUGGCCGGGCUCUGGCCGUGGCUGCUAAUGGCGGCCCUUCAGGUGGUUUUUGGCCAGACUGGCGUGGUGCUGGCGGCUACAGUGGAGUCGGAGCGAUCAACCACCAGAGCGGUCAUCAAGGUGACUCUUCUCAAACACGAUCCGUCAGGGAGGCCUAUCACUCUGGAAGGGGUGUUUGCUGGAGGGAGCGCCGGCUACGCAGAAGGGAAAUUAAUGCAGUCUCACCCGCUGUCCCUGUGCAACACCAGCGAAGAUGAGCGUCAGGAGAGCAGCUUCAUCAGCAUCGUCAAGCUUGAGAGCCCCGAGCGCAAGGUGCCCCAGUGCCUGCCACUGCUGGAGAAGGCUCGGCUGGCUCUGGAGAGAGGUGCUCAGGCUGUUAUCUUUGAUGUCACUGAUGAUGUCAAUGCUGAACGUGAGCUGCAGGACGCGGACUCUCUGCCCCGGCCCGUGGUUCUUGUGCGCGCCAGCAACGCUGAGGAUCUCAUGGGUCUUGUCAACAAGAACGAGGAGGCCAAGGUCACCAUCGACAUCAUGAUGGAGGUGCAGAAAUGGCCCCACUAUGACGUUGUCAUCCUGCUCACUGUGGUGCUGGCAGUUCUGGCCAUCGUCAUGAUCUUCGCUUUCCGCUACCGCUGCAAGUCCAACAGAACCUUGGACUCGGUGCAACAGGAGACGGUGCGCGCCAUCAGCAGACUGGAGACGCGGACCUACAGCUCCCAGGGCUGCUCUGGGUCACAGCGCCACCAUGGGGCCCGGGGGUCUGGCAGCAGCUCCAACUCCAGCCCUGUCUGCGCCAUCUGCCUCGAGGAGUUUCUGGAUGGACAGGAUCUGAGGGUCAUCUCGUGUGCACAUGAGUUCCAUAGGGAGUGUGUGGACCCCUGGCUGCUGCAGCAUCGCACCUGUCCUCUCUGCAUGCACAACAUCAUGGGCGCAGAGAUAGCUGCCGCCCGGCUGCUCCACAGUCGCCGCAUGCAGCCGCCGCCCCCCGAGCACAGCCAGGCCUUCCUGCACGCCCACCCUUACCCCGGCCCCCACCGCUACCAGCAGCACGCCAUCCCCUUUUCCCUGCAGCCCUCCUACCACCGCAGCGGCCCCUCCGGGCCGUACCCUCCGCUGGGCCACUACCGGGGCUCCCCCCCCAUCCACCCGCGGACGCUGCGCUGCAUGCAGCCCAACAGGCCCCUGGCCACCAACUGCGGCUACCAGCUGGCGCCUGAGGGCCACCACGGCGGGCGCGCACACAGGACAACUGGGGCUAUUUGCCGGAGCGCGGGGCACCUGGGCGCGCCGUCCCUGUACCCCGCGCCGCGGCGCUCCUGCCACGUGUACCGCUGUGCCCCCGGCACGCGGCCACAGCACGCGCCGGGCGUUGCCGGUGGCGGCGCCCAGCAAGCCCGCGCCGGGGCGGCCCACACCCGGCAGGAGGACGGCAGCUGCUCGGGGGGCAGCUACCGGACGGAGCGCAGCGGCUACCUGGCGGACGGGCCGGCCAGCGACUCCAGCUCGGGGCCCUGCCACGGCUCGUCCAGCGACUCCGUCCUCAACUGCACCGACGUCAGCCUGCAGGGCGUCUACGGCAGCUGGUCCACCUUCCGCAGCUCGCUCAGCAGCGACUACGACCCCUUUGUGUACCGGCCGGGCCGAGCGCCACGCAGGGACAGCUUGGAGGGCAGCCGCCCGCGCUCCCUGGACUCCGUCAUGAACCGGGGGGCCACGGGGGGCUGCGGGGACGAGGUGCUGCUGCCGCCACCCGCCGUCUUUAGCCACGUGCACUACCACAGACACAGGCACCAUUACUACGACGACGGCGAGCACGGGCAGGCUCAGGGGCCGGGCCGCGGCUCCGACGAGGAGCUUGGCGCGCCGACGAUGGCGCCGUCAACCGCGGCCAGCGGCCCCGCUCCUGCCAUGGACAAGGACUCGCCCUUGUGCCCGCUCACACACCCCUCCUGCCAGUGCCCCAAAAUGGGCCCCUCAGACAGGUCAAGCCACGGAGGGUCGGAAGGGCCGGACUGGGACUUGGAUCCCCCCUCCUCUCCUCCGGGCCUGGUGUCGGCAGCACCGCUGCCCUCCGCUCCUCCUCCCUGCUGCCACCAAGGCCCCGGCCCCCGGCAGCACUGGCGGGCGGUGGGCGGUUGCGGACUGGACGCCUCUCCGGCGAUGCCAGCGGUGCGCUUCCACCAGAGCCUGGACCUGCAGGACGACUGCAGCAUCCACAUUCACUACGGCCAGGGCCCCGCCGGCUACUGCUGCCCGCCGCCAGACAUGCCCGCCGCUCUGCUGCCCGUGCCCCUCAUCCUGGACUCGGCGGGCAUGGGCGACUGGCCGUGCUGCGGCGGGGCCCACGUCGUGUGGCAGAAGCGCGUGCAGCAGGCACACUCGGAGCCCCAGCUCCUGGAGCCCGUGGCCCCCGCGGCCGACGGACACCGCUGUAGGCGCCACCGUGGCCCCGGGGCCGAGCUGCCCGCGGACAUCUGCCUGUACUGCCAAACACUACAUAACAAUCAGGGAUCAGAGGAGGAGUCUGGUGUGUGAGAAUCUGGUGCAUCCCCAGUGUCACGCUGCUACUCAAGAGCCGGAAAUGGACAAACUCAUCAGCCACCUCUCACAAACGUCUUCCAAAUAAUUCCACAUCACGUCUUCCCUCAGAACAGCCUUUUUCCCCAGCAUCCGUCUGUUCCCAAGCUAGAAGGUACUUAGUCGGUCUAGCCUCUCGGAGAGGGGUGAAGAAGCUCACGCGGGUUCAGUUUUUUUUGGUCAUUGAUUUCAUAGUCUAUCCAUCGGGUGAGCCGCAGACCUCCAUGAAGUCUGACAGACAUGCCAUUCAGCUGGUCAGCUUUUCCGUUUUUUUCCGUGAGGAUUUCUUGAAUGGAAUGUGCUGGUGGUGUGAAGGCGAACUCCGAGACGCUGGAGGAACAGCUUUCUCAAAUCUCAAAAGGGGGGAAAAGUGUUUUGUUCUGUUUCGCUUUGUGCCUUUUGUUUGUCAAUAACAGAAAGCAUCGAUUACACUGCAUUUAAAUAGAAGUCCCAGAAAUCCUCAGUGACCUCUAUGGAUGACUAGUGCCAAGGGACUAAACCGCAGUUUAUUAUGCACAGUAAAUUACAUUAACCCACCCCCAUUUCACCAAAACAGUCUUUCUUAGGGCCUCUCUGGAAGGAAAAAUGGAUUGUUUAUGGUGGACAGAUAAUUGCUUUAAAUGCACACAGCUGGGCAGGUGUCUCUCAGUACUGUGCAAUGACAAAUCUGUCACAUGCGUCUGUGUAGUGUCCUUCCAGAAAGUAUGAAAAACCUGCCCUCAUUUUGGAGGAAACACAAUUACCUUGUGUGUAAAAAAGAUGGUUCCCAUAUCAUGUUAGGCUUCUUCAAACAAGGAAAGGUUUUUAUGUUUAGGUUUUCCCUACCAGUGAGUUCAGCAGCUCCUCAGUACUGGAGCCCACCAGUACUGUGACCUCAGACGCCUCAGGAUUCUUAUCUGUGACCCCCCACCCCCCUCUACGCGAUCGUUGCCGGCGGCAGCCAUGAUGUCAUUGUGAUGUAAUUUAAAGGUGCUCGUUCUGCCCAUGUUCAGUUUUAUAUCUGUCUCCAGCCUACCUCAGAUUAGAAAUCACAAAUGUCCCGUCGCAAAGGUGGUACUUUAGAGGUACUUCUGCAGCUCUUUUUUUUUCUUCCCCUGUCUCUUUCAUCCAGAUAAUAUCAAGAGAGAGAGAGAGACACACAAACAGAAAGAGAGAAGGAGAGAGUUAUCCAGAGAGAAUGACUCUUUCUCUUGUAUCCCUUGGUCAUUAGCGUUUUAAGUGUAGAGGUCACUAAGGUCUGGGUCUUGAGCAAGUUAAUUCAAGAAAGGCAGCUGUUUCCAUUUUUAUCACACUUUUUCUUUUUUUGUGCGUGUGAGCGUGUGUGUGCGUGCAUGCGUGCGUGCGUGCGUGUAUGUGUGUGUGUGUAUUUUUGCCCUGUAAUUUUGUGUUCAAUGUUGAAACAAAUUGACUGAAAACGUGGGAGGGUCUGAAAAUAUCAAAAAAGCUAGUCAUCCUCUGGUCAUUCAAUUUCUUUCUUUUUAUUUUUCUCAUCUCAGAGGGCUGUAGUUGGCUGUUGGUUCAUUUACAUUUACACGAUACUGACCACCGGCUGAGAAGUGUCACAAUUAACAAACCCGCCCCGUGCUGAACACGCUGACCGACACCUGUCCUACCAGCCUUAUUCACGCCUGUUGCCACACAGCCCAAGCUAAGACCUAGUGUCAUGUCCUCCAGUCAACCAGCAUACAAGCUUGCCAAAGGUGCCUUUUCCUCUUCAUCAGUCUGUUCUCGUUAGGGGGACAUUUUAACGAUGUCUUUUUUGUAGUGUUUUUGCAUAAAUGUCAUAAUAAUUGGAGGAAAGCCAUUGCCACUCAGCCUCGAGUUGAAACGUGAGUUGACACCACAUUCUAAAAACUAUGGCCUUUGAAUUUACCGGAAGGAAAAGUCCGGUAAAGUUUUCUCAGUCAAGCAGCAGGGCUUGACCUGGAUCCAAGAGAUUUUCUCUCAGAUUUGAAAAAAAAAAGAAAAAAGUUUUACCAGAAACUACAAUAAAACACACUGGAAAUAUUGGGUAUUGUGUAUUCCCUAGUCCCUUUCUUUGAAAAAUGAAUAUUUUCAUAAUUUUUAUUUUAUUUAAUACCCUUGCACACCAAGACUGCUAGAAUGUGAACAGUGACUCAUGUUAAUCUCAGACUGGCUUCAGCAGUUUCUCUAGAGAGAAGAUACAGCACUUACAUUUCCUUACUAAUGAGGUUAAUCCCAACAAUUGUCAGCAUGUGUACUUUCGAAUAAAUUCUGUUCUUCACAAUAGAUACAAAUGGCAAAUGUAUGUGAAAUGAAAUGUCCCUCUUGAUCUGUUCUGUUGCAUUUGGUGUAUCGUGUGCCAGUAUUACUGGAUGUAAAGGUUAACAAUGAUUGAAACACUAAGUGGUCGGUAGUGAGAUGCUAAUUUCCAUUUUUAAACAGUCUGAAAGUCUGACGCUAUAAAGGGCAGUGUUGGAAGGAAAGCUAUUAAUUGAAGCUAAUCAACAUUUUUACUGUUAAUACUGUACCAAAGAAAACCAGGUGUUGCAUGCAAUCAAAGCAUAGGAUAGUCUUUGUAGAAACUGCAUUGCUAUAUUCUGUAAUGUAAGAUGUGUUUGUUCCUUCAGCCAUAUGAGUUGAAUAUUUGGUAAUAUUGACAUAUGCUCAUCGUCCAGUACUCUUGCCGUUUAUAACUAAACAAAAAGUAAGUGCCUUGUAGACAAAUCCUCAUGUAUGCAGAUGAUAAUUGUGUGAGAGACAGUGCCUGUCCACUUCCCAAUGUCUGUGAAUUUCCAGAUCAUCUCUCUGUAUUCUGUUUUUUUUUAUGACCUCUGUCUUAAAAUGACAAAAACACAAACCGCACUUUGGCUUGUAGAAAAAAAAAAGAAAAAAUGAAAUCAAAGUGAAGAGCUCAAAAGCAAACAAAGCACUAUGUAGCUAACAAUACAAUGAACGCUCACUUAAAUCCAUGAAAUGUCACUGAGCAUUUAGGGUGAUUUUUACCUUUUAGUCCUUUUUGUUUUAAUGGGUUUUCUUGUUUGUUUGUUUGUUUGUUUGUUUGUUUUCAUUUUGAAACAGAAUGAGCUGAAACUGCCUUUUUUUUUUUUUUUUUAAAUAGAGCACAGUCCCUUUUGAACUUGAGGGAGCUGCCAGUAUAUUUUCGAUACUUUGCAUAAAAAAAAGAGAAAGACAAAAACAGAAUUAAGAUAAAGUGUUGUAUUUUAUAUAUAAUAGAACAUUUCAGUAUGGUAAUAUGUCACUAAUAUAUUUAUUUACUAAUAUAUUUAUCCAUUUUGUCCAGGUCUGAGAAAAUGUAAUGUUUUCCUCAUCUUUGGAAUGAAAUCUUUAUGAAACUUACAGGUGCCAUCAUAGAUGUAUCAACUUGGCUUCAUUCCAAUUAUAUGCAAAUAAAUUAUUUUGAAAUAAUUUGUA